UCGAAAUUAAAAGUUUUUUUUUUUUUUUUUUUGUUAAUGAAGAAUAUGGAUAUCGAAGCAGACCUAGUGGAGUUCAAAGUGCCCGUGGAAAAUAAUAAAACGUUGUUUGUUUGGAACAUUCUGCCUAAGUUUUCAGAAGCGGAAAUUUACAAUUCUGUGGAGGAGGUGUUCUCUAAUUAUGGCCCCCUGUAUUCAGUGCGGGUCUGUCGGAAUGCAGCUGUUGCUGAACCUGGUUACUAUGCCAUUGUGAAAUAUUACUCCGCUGCCCAAGCCAGCAAAGCACAGGUGACUACAAAUGGAAAAGGUAUAUUUCAGGAGUCUCCGCUGAAGGUUCGACUCUGUACCAAGCAGAAUGCUACAUUUCAACAAAGGUUUACAUAUCUUAGAAGUGCCAAGUGCCAGGAGUUAGCCAACCACUAUCUGGGUUUCAAUGGUUGGUCCAGUCGUAUAGUCACUCUUAAAGAUAUUUCCCAAACGAAUGAACAGGAAGACAAGGAUCCGGUGCUGGGAACACAGACAAACAAUCUGAAAUAUGGUUGUAUCAUUGAAUUAAUAUUCCAUAACUAUGGAGUCUGCUGCAGAGGAGUCGGGGUGGCUGAAGAGCCCUUUGAAAAUGACACGGAUCCAUUGGCACGCUUAAUGAAAAAAGGACAAGUUCAAAAACUGGCAAAAGAGCGAGCCAUGUCGGAUGCUUUUCAGAAAGUGCUCUUCGUUGUAUUGGGUAAUGGAAAGGUAGCUGUUGAAUGCAGGUUCGAUCCAGAUCAGAUUGUACCUGAUGAAGAACUAGGAGGAUUAAUACAGGUGAAUGAUAUUUCAUGGAGUCAGUUUGAGCAAGAAAGAGAAGAUGAUGAAAUUCUGUCUGAAUUGAGCUUUAAUGUAACAGAUGUACAAUGAGUGUGAUCUUGGUAACAUGUCUGCUAGUAUCAGUACUGGAACCCCAAGUUAUUUUCCUAAGAAAUGUGUUGUGUUUGUGUAGUUUGUUUGUUUAUCUGUAAAUAUGUUUAAUAAAAUAAGUGA